GCCCUCAAUGCUGUUUUACAAAGGAUGAUUUGUUUUGAGAAUUGACCGUAUAUUUUGGGAUAAAUGCUGCCCAGGAUGGCCCUUCUGACAUUAACUUGUAUUACAUUUAUCUGCUGGAUAACUCUUGGUAAUGUACAGGGAACUGGGAAGAUUUACUCGGACAAUAUCACCCUCAUUUUGGAUCGACUUUUGGAUGGUUAUGACAACAGAUUGCGACCUGGAUCUGGAGGUGGUCUUACAGAGGUGAAAACAGACAUCUUUGUCACCAGCUUUGGACCAGUAUCAGAUGUUGAGAUGGAGUACACCAUGGACAUGUUCUUCCGUCAGAUGUGGGUUGACGAGCGGCUUAAGUUUGAAGGCCCCUCUGAAAUCCUGCGGCUGAACAACCGCAUGGUGGACAAGAUCUGGACGCCGGACACUUUUUUCCGAAACUCCAAGAAGUCCAUUUCUCAUAACAUGACCACGCCCAACAAACUGUUCCGAAUCAUGCAGAACGGCACCGUCCUCUACACCAUGAGACUGACAAUCACUUCAGAAUGUCCAAUGAGGCUUAUGGACUUCCCCAUGGACGGCCACGCGUGUCCUCUCAGGUUUGGAAGUUAUGCCUACACAAGCAGUGAAAUUAUUUUCACUUGGCGGAAGGGACCAAUAGCAUCGGUUGAUUGUCCUGCUGAGUCCAUGAGCCUUCUGCAGUAUGACCUGGUGGGACAGACGCUGUCUAGUGAGAUAUUCAAAUCAAACACAGGUCACUACUCUGUGCAGGUGGUCCAUUUCCACCUGCAGAGGAAGCUGGGCUACUACCUCAUCCAGACGUACAUCCCUCUCAUAAUGGUGGUCGUGCUGUCACAAGAUCUCAAAGACCCGAGCAAUAUGCCUCUGGUGAAGGAAACCGUGGACAGGCUGAUGAAAGGAUACGACAUUCGGUUGAGGCCAGAUUUCGGAGGUGCGCCGGUGGCCGUGGGAAUGAAUAUAGACAUAUCCAGCAUAGACAUGGUCUCUGAAGUCAACAUGGACUACACCUUGACCAUGUACUUCCAGCAAGCGUGGCGGGACAAACGUCUGUCCUACUCUGAGAUUGCGUACAACCUGACUCUGGAUAACCGAGUGGCGGAUCAGCUGUGGGUCCCAGACACCUACUUCCUCAACGACAAGAAGUCCUUCGUUCACGGCGUCACUGUGAAGAACAGGAUGAUUCGUCUGCACCCGGACGGCACGGUGCUCUAUGGACUCAGGAUCACCACAACCGCAGCCUGUAUGAUGGACCUGCGCCGCUACCCUCUAGAUGAGCAAAACUGCACCCUGGAGAUUGAAAGCUAUGGCUACACCACUGAUGAUAUUGAGUUUUACUGGCGAGGUGGAGAGGGCGCCGUGUCAGGGGUCGACAGGAUAGAGCUGCCACAGUUCUCUAUUGUUGACUAUAAACUCAUCUCUACGAAUGUGGUGUUCUCUACAGGUUCCUACCCCCGCCUGUCCCUCAGCUUCAAACUGAAGAGGAACAUUGGUUACUUCAUCCUGCAGACAUACAUGCCUUCCAUCCUGAUUACCAUCCUCUCCUGGGUCUCCUUCUGGAUCAACUACGACGCCUCAGCUGCCAGAGUGGCCCUCGGGAUCACCACGGUGCUGACCAUGACCACCAUCAACACCCACUUGCGAGAGACGCUCCCAAAGAUCCCCUACGUGAAGGCUAUUGACAUGUACCUGAUGGGGUGCUUUGUGUUUGUGUUCCUGGCCCUGCUGGAGUACGCCUUCGUCAACUACAUCUUCUUCGGCCAGGGCCCCCAGCGGCAGAAGAAGGCGGCUGAGAAAGCAGCCACGGCCAAUAACGAAAAGAUGAGACCCGACCCCAACAAGAUGACUCCUGACGACAACAUCCUGUUCAGCUCCCUGGAGAUGAAGAACGAGAUGGGUGGGGGCGGGGAUCUGUCGCGAGGCCUCGGGGCACCGGGGGACCCCCGCAACACCAUGCUGGCCUACGACAGCUCGACGCUGCAGUACCGCAGGGCGGCCAUGGCUCGCCAGAACUAUGGCCACAGCGCCUUGGAGCGCCACGCCCAGAAGAAGUCGCGCCUACGGAGACGGGCUUCCCAGCUCAAGGUGAAUAUCCCAGACCUGUCCGACGUGAACUCUAUCGAUAAGUGGUCCAGGAUGAUCUUCCCCACCGUCUUCUCCUUCUUCAACGUCGUCUACUGGCUCUACUACGUCCAUUAAACCUGGCGGCGUCCGGUGGCCGGCUCGCAAAGGGGUGAGGGUGGGGUGGGGGAGGGUGGUGGUGGGGGUAUAGAGUAGAUGGAAGAAAUCUAGAGAGUGAGAGAGGGGAUGAGAGGGUGAGAGAGAAAGAGAGAGGGCGGGUGGCGGAGGUGAAGAGGGGGGGGUAGUGCACCAACUUUUUUUAGCUGGUUCGUUUGAGAAAAAAGUGAAGAAAAAGCAAAGACUUUUGGAUGGACUGCAGCAGCACCCAACACUUCAGUCAGCAGUGACUCUUUUAGGAUUCGGGAAACACCUUUAAACGACUGACAAACACUCAAAAAAGAAGAAUGAAUUUUAAAAAGACAGAAAUGGUGCCUGUUCCAGAAUUUCGAUAUAUCACUAAUAUUUGUCAUUCGUAGCUUACUCUCUGUGGAUCAAAUAUUUAUGCUUGUGUUUGCAUAUACUUUAAGGAUUUGUUUUGUUUAGUAUAUAUUUACUUCGUAGCCGAGCUGUCUGCAUCCAGGAAAGCUUUAUAAAUGAUUUUAAAGGAGUCAUCCUUGAUAGUCUAUUUUCCUAUAAUUACUGUAUAUCAAAAACAUCCUUUUAAAAGCAUGCUUAUGUUUGAUUUCAUUUGCAUCUCAGUCAUGAUGGCCAUGCAGCGCAAAGCUUUUUAGUUUCACUUGUUGAGGUUUAGUCCGUCAGUUACUAUUUUGCAGCUUUGGCUUAGUUUGGUUUGAGCGUCACUGGAUGACAACAAGGUGAACAGCUGCAGUACCGCCGGACAAACCGGCGGGGCUUUUAUGGCGCCGAUGCCGGAACAGAAGAAGCGGCCUCGGUUGUGUUGAAGGUAUCGUAUUCUUCGGGGAAGACGUGGUCCUGUUUGGCCGGGUUUUUGUUUUGCUGUUGCCGUGCUGACAGAAUGAAGUCCAUUUCACCACGUGUUGUUUUUUUUUUAAAGGGAACAUUUGACUUCUGCUACGUGUCAUUGUGUGAGGAGCUUCAGAGGCGGACAAAUGGCUUUAACGCGUCUUGAGCUGGUGGAAGGACUUUGCCAGUAGAUGAGCUUCAAUGCAACCAUUGUCGCUGCAUAAAUAUGGCAAUCCACAAUCAUCAUUAUCAGUAGAUUUGAAUGAUAGAAGUAUGAUGCGUUUCAUUGUGGUUAGAUUUCUGUUUUGAAAAACUGUAGAUAAACAUAAAUCAUAUUUAAGAAAAAGAGAUGAUUCAUUUUUAUAAAUCAAUACUCACAUUAUUGUGUAAAUAUUAUGGAUUUAUUCUAUUUAAAUGGGUCUCUGUUGUUGUUUUUGCAGUUGAAUUACAGAUCAAAUGUUCCAUUCAGUCAAAAAAAAAAAAGAAAAGAGCAAUUUAACGGAAUGAAAAACACAAUUCAAAACUUUGCUGAUUCUGUACUUUUUGGACUUUUCUCUCUUUACUUUCUUUUUAAUGGACUCUAAAAGCAUCUACUUGCUGAAACUGAAGCACUUCCAGACACCAGUGACUUUUGGGUCAAUUUUUUGUUCUCCAGAGAUGACUAAACAAGGACCCCACUAUCCAGGCAUUGAAGUCAGGCGUAUUUUGUACAAAGUUUCUGUAAAUUCCAAUUGUAAUAUUUCAUAAUGACUGUAAAUAUCUUGUGUAAUGAUUGUCAGCAAUUAUGAAGAUGUAUCUAAAUUCAAUUAAAACUCAAUUCAGUCUAUCACUUCAAUAACU